AUGACAACUGAGUACAGCACGACUGCCACAGACUUCUCAGCACCAACAGAUGCAGCCUUCACGGCCGUGCAAAACAUCCUCGUACCAGAAAUCCGAAGCCGCCCCCGAAUCGAAGGCCUAGAGAUCGACUCUCAAGACCACACAUUCUGCCACCCGCACUCCUUGGAAUACCUCUACUACACCAUCACCUACCCAAACGGCACACUCGCCCGCAACCUCGAAGGCCGCCAUGCUCUCUUCUACACACCUUCACCCUGGCCAAUCACGUAUUUUGACCAUUUCGCGGAGGCGAUUCUGAAUGAUACGCCGACGACAACAACGGGAUGUACCGGCGCACACUGCUUUAAUAGAUACUCCGGUCCCGUACGCAGCGGCGACGUCUCCGAAUCCCGCGUCGCACUCGCCGAGAUUGGGUAUUUCAUCCGCGGGGCGAAUCUUCCGCCGCCGGUGCUCGAGUACAUGGAAAAGGAGAUUGGGAGGCGUUUUCUGUGGGGGAAAGUGUUUUGGCGCUUGUGCUUGCUGUUGGUGUGGAUUUGGGUUUAG